UCUCGGUCGCGUGCGAGUGGAGGAAGUGUGUGUGGACUGUCGCGGAAAGAGCGCUUCUAUAGAAAAUGUGACAGUCGCACAGAGCCAGGACGCUUUAUUUUAUAUUUAUCUCUCCACUCCCUAUUUCUCUCACAUCUCCAAUCUCUCUGUCGGAGCAAGAAAAACACUAAAAACUGUUGGAGAAGUGUCAGGUCAGUCAGCAGGAUGUACCGCCACAGUGGAGGCCAUGGAGGAGGAGGUCCUCAGGAGGUGGAGCUAACAGACGAAGAGAAGGAGAUCAUCAACAGUGUUCUGGCUCGGGCUGAGACCAUGGAGGCCAUGGAGCAGGAGAGGAUCGGGCGUUUUGCCACUAGGUUGGACAGUAUGAAGAAGACAGCAUGUGGAGAUGGUCAGUCUCGCUGUCUGUUGUGUGGAGAGAUGUUUGGCCAGCAGGGAGUCACCUCUGUACUCUGUUCCCACUGCAAGAAGCAUAUGUGCAGUAAGUGUGGGAUUCAGAACAACAGCCGGUCGUCAUGUCCUGUUUGGGUCUGUAGGAUCUGCAGCGAACACCAAGAGAUGUUGAAGCGUUCUGGAGCGUGGUUCUUUAAGGGCCAACCCCAGCAUGUCCUCCCUGCUCCCCUGCCCAUCUCCAGGCCCAGAGGGACGGGUAGAGAGAGCCCCCGUACCCAGACCCCUACCCAUCACCAGCCCAGUACCCAGCCCUUUGCCCGUACCCAGACCCAGCCCAGCUACCAGCCAGACCCUGGUGCCCAGGACUGCACAGAGAAACAGGAGCAGCAGGAUAACUGCUACUCCAACACAAAGAACCAAGAGCCCACUGAUGAACCCCCAUACUCCAGCUCAGAGCAACAGGACCCAGAGGGCUAUAGCUCUGCUCAGACACUAGGGGGUGUUGCUGUGGAGGAAGAGGUGGUGAAGAUGGAGAGACAGUCGAAGUUAGGCUCCAGACCUCCCACAGCCAGGGGAAGAGAGAACACACCAGCUCCAGUUGACACGGUCACACCACAGGCCCCUGCACCAGAGGAGAGCAGACACCCUCACCAGAGGGAGGAUAGAGCGCCAACUCCAGUCAGGGAGGAGAAACCCACUCCUGCCCCCAAACCCACCCCGGCACCACGCCCAGCCCCCGUUCCUGUCGAGGACGACGACGACAACGAAUAUGACUCUGAUGAAUCCACCACCCUGGGGUUACUGGAGUUCACUCUGCAUUAUGAACAGGAGAACAAUGCUCUGCACUGCAACAUAGUCAAAGCCAAGGGCCUAAAGCCGAUGGACUCUAAUGGAUUAGCAGACCCCUACGUCAAACUGCACCUCUUACCUGGAGCCAGUAAGUCUAACAAGCUGCGUACUAAGACCCUGAAGGGCACUCUGAACCCAGUGUGGAAUGAGACUCUCGUGUACCAUGGUAUCACUGAUGACGACAUGCAGCGCAAAACACUACGGCUGUCAGUGAGUGAUAUGGACAAGUUUGGACACAAUGAGUUCAUCGGAGAGACACGUGUUGCUCUGAAGAAACUCAAAGCCAACCAGAAGAAGAACUACAGUGUGUGUCUGGAGAGGGUGGUCCAGGUGAAGAAGGCAGGAACAGGAGGCUCAGCCCGGGGCAUGGCACUUUACGAGGAGGAGGUAAAGGAGGAUGAAGCAGAGGAAAGGGGUCGUAUCCUGGUCUCUCUAACCUACAGUACCCAGCAGGGUCGUCUGAUAGUGGGAGUGGUGCGCUGUGCUCACCUGGCAGCUAUGGACUCUAAUGGAUACUCAGACCCCUUCGUCAAGAUCUUCCUGAAACCAGACAUGGGGAAGAAAGCCAAGAACAAGACCCAGAUCAAGAAGAAGACACUCAACCCAGAGUUCAACGAGGAGUUCAGCUAUGAGAUCAAACAUGGUGAGCUGGCCAAGAAGAGCCUGGACAUCUCAGUCUGGGACUAUGACAUGGGAACAUCCAACGAUUUCAUUGGAGGGUGCCAGCUGGGCAUCACAGCCAAGGGGGAAUGUCUGAAGCACUGGUACGAAUGUCUCAAGAACAAAGACAAGAAGAUUGAGCGCUGGCACGUCCUCCUAAAUGACAACAACGUUAAAGACACGGAUGACUAAGACAUGACUAAGACAUUACCUCUUCUUCCUCCCUCUUUCUCCUCUUGCUCCCUUCUCCUCUUCCCUAGGUUCAUCCACCCCAGGCUGUUUCUAUCUUCCUCUCAAAUAUAUUAUUUUGUCUUCCAUUCUAGGUCUUCCUACUUUUAGUAAUGUGAACCUGAAUUAGCAACAAAUUAAGGGCAUCACUAUUUUUACAACUUCAUUCUUCUUGUGCUGACAGAAUGCUUAUUGGAUGCAUGUACUCAUCAACACAGUGUUUGCAGUGAAACAAAAAUAAACUGCAACACAAUAUAUCCUGUACUUCAAGCAUGCUCUACUGCUUCUGGGGGAAAGUAACCUCUUUCACUUAUCCCUAAAACCAAGAUUUGAAUAAAUAGGGUGCUAAAUUAUGAUUUGAAAAAUACCUUGAGAUUGUUGUUAAAUAAUGUGUUGCUACACUGUCCUUCCCUACCUCAGUCUCAACGCAAGGAAUUUCCCUCCUCUUCUCUUACCAUAGACAUUAUAUAGAGAACAUUAUGUAGAUGACAUCAUCUCUGACCACCACCCUGGAUUGUGCUGUACAGUGUUAUGGCAUGGUCAUAAAUAAUCUGUGUUCUAUAUUUCUAUGCUGUGCUCUUAUGACAUGGUCAUAAUCUGUGUUCUAUACUUCUAUACUGUGCUCUUAUGGCAUGGUCAUAAUCUGUGUUCUAUACUUCUAUACUGUGCUCUUAUGGCAUGGUCAUAAUCUGUGUUCUAUACUUCUAUACCGUAACUGCAGGGUACUAGUGUUUGCUCUGCCAAAGCAUAAUCUUCAGUUGUGGUACUGUAUGUACAAACAGUUUGUUAAAAGGAGCAUAUGAUGGAUGUUACAGAACAUAUAUUGAUGUUAUUUAUGUAUAAAGAUGUUUACAUCAUUAGUAUUAGCUGUUUAUGUUGAUAACAUGUCAUGUUAUCGGGGCGGCAGGUAGCUUAGUGGGUAAGAGCGUUGUGCCAGUAACCGAAAGGUCGCUGGUUCUAAUC